AGAGAGAGAGAGACUAGUCACAGGAGAGAAAGAUGUAUGAACAGAUUUGAAAAACCAAGAGAAAUACAAAGAAAUGAAUGGAAAGAAUUAACAAUAAAGAGAAGGGAGUGGAGGGGAGCAGGCUAUUAGCUUCGAGUAAAUAAUAAUAAUAAUAAUGUGAAUGAAGUUGUUGUUCUAGAUAGCGGCAGGGGGACUCGCUGAGGAUCUUUAGGUGUUUCUUUUGGCAUUAACAUUGUUAGAUUAGAUUGGAAAGACAUCAUGAGAUAUUCUUUUUUCUGAUUAGAGAAAAUGGUGUUUUUCUUUUAUUUAUUUGUAAAACAAGAGAAAGGGAGACCGACAUUUUAUUUUUAUAAAUAUAAAUACAUCUUUCACGUGUACAUGUUCAGAAAGUCAUGUGACCCUGAGAAUCACUCUUGACUUCAGACUUGAGGUUUGGUAAUGGAGAAAAGGCAAACAAGGAAGAGAGGUGUUCAUUUUGUUUUGGUUUUGGGUUUUUGUUGUGAAUCUCUAAGGCAAUCUAUUAGCUAGUCCCAAGCACAUUAUUAUUAUUAUUAUUAUUAGUUCGUGUCAAAUAACAGUGAUUCAUCGAUGGUGGAUCUGAUACUAGUAGUAGUGAUGUCUAAAUAAAUCAUUGAAUAAGUAAGAGAGUGGAAUUGAUGGGUUGCUUUCAAUCAAAAACGACGCAUUUGGCAUCUCCAGAUGAAAAGCCACUUCCUCCAGCUGAAGACAAAGAAGAAGAAGGAGAAGAAGAAGUAAAAGAAGAAGAAGAAGAAGAAGAAGAAGAAGAUGGCAGCGCAGAUCUAAAAGGAAAUGAAGAGGAAGAGGUGCCUCCAUUCCGAGAGUUCAGCUUAGCAGAACUAAGAGCUGCCACUAAUGGUUUCGCUACCCAUUUCAUUGUCUCAGAGAGCGGAGAAAAGGCUCCUAAUGUGGUCUACAAAGGGAAGCUCAAUAACAAUCGUCUCGUCGCCAUCAAGCGUUUCUCUAGGCUCUCCUGGCCUGACCCUCACCAGUUUCUGACAGAGGCUUCUGGAGUAGGGAAACUUAGGCAUAAGAGAUUAGUAAACUUAAUAGGCUGCUGCGCUGAGGGCGAUGAGCGCUUAUUGGUGGCCGACUACAUGCCCAAUGACACCCUUUCCAAGCAUCUCUUUCACUGGGAUAAACAGCCAUUGCCAUGGGAAAUGCGCCUCAGAGUUGCUUUCUUUAUUGCACAAGUACUUUACCACUGCAAUUCCCUUAAUCGUAACAUUUACCAUGAUUUGAACGCCUAUCGUGUUCUUUUUGAUCAGGAUGGUGACCCUCGAUUAUCUAGUUUUGGUCUUAUGAAGAACAGCCGAGAUGGAAAAAGCUACAGCACUAACUUAGCUUAUACUCCCCCUGAAUUUUUGCGCACAGGUAGGGUCAUCCCUGAGAGUGUAAUCUACAGUUAUGGAACUGUUUUGCUUGACCUCUUGAGUGGGAAACAUAUACCUCCGAGCCAUGCAUUGGACUUGAUAAGGGGGAAGAAUUUAUUGUUAUUGAUGGAUUCAUCCUUGGAAGGACAAUAUGCAAAUGAAGAUGCAACUGAAUUGGUAGAACUUGCCUCAAAAUGUCUACAGUAUGAGGCUAAAGAUCGACCUGAUAUCAGAUUUCUUCUCUCAGCAGUGGCACCCCUUCAGAAGCUGAAAGAGGUUGCAUCACAUGUGCUAAUGGGCAUAUCGAAAACUCCUGUCCUGCUGCCAACCAUGCUUUCCCCACUUGGAAAGGCUUGCGCUAGAAUGGAUCUUACCGCAGUGCAUGAUAUUUUGCUUAAAACAGGCUAUAAAGAUGAAGAAGGUGCAGAAAAUGAGCUGUCAUUUCAAGAGUGGACUCAGCAAGUGCAAGAUAUGCUGAACACAAAAAAGUUUGGAGACAUUGCUUUCAGAGACAAGGAUUUCAAAAAUGCUGUUGAUUAUUAUACAAAGCUGGUAUCGAUGAUGUCUGUUCCGUCGGGAACUGUUUUUGUGAGGCGAGCCCUCUCAUACUUGAUGAUUGACCAGGCAGAACUUGCCCUGAGAGAUGCCAUGCAGGCUCAGGUGUGCUUGCCUGAGUGGCCUACUGCCUUUUAUGUACAAGCUCUUGCACUCUCCAAGCUUGGGAUGGAAACUGAUGCUCAGGACAUGCUUAAUGAUGGAGCUUCAUUCGAAGCGAAGAGGCAGAGCAGCUGGCGCAUUUGAAUUUGGUAUGGAAAAAGAAAAAGAAAAGUGUUGCUCUAGCUAGCUAUGACACGGAGAUGCAAGUGAACUGAUUUCAUAUGCUGCGAGGGUUAUUUGGGUUAAACGCCCCCUCCUUAUCAUUAGAAAAUAUUAGUUUUCCACACAGAAACUAAGACAUAGAAACUAAACCAAAAAAAGAAAAGGGGAAAUUUUGUUGAUAGCAGAAAAUAAGUAGAGGCAACAGUCUAACCAGUUUCAGGUAAGCUUAUAAUACUAACUGUUGAUUUUGGUUGGACUGUUAAAUUGAUAAUGCUCUGCUGUUUCUGCCUAAAUUGCUCGCAGCAUGAGUCGAAGAGCCAGGACCCAGACUGUGGAUGAAAAAGUUCCAAGUAGAUUCUUUUUUGUUUUUUA